AUGCCGGCGCCCAUCACCAAGGCCCCGAGCCUGGGCAACGCGAAGAAGCCGAGCGGCCGGUCGCCGCGGGGCUCGAAGCAGGCGUCGCCGCGCGUCGCCCGGGGCCAGGUCGGCUCGCCGCGGAGCGUCGACGAGGAGCCGCUGCGGCCGCAGUCGCGGUGGGACUUCCCGACGCAGCAGCUCAUGGAGAUCCAGAGCCGCGUCCACGACCUCGAGCGGCUGGUCACGGACUACGAGGCGCUCCAGAGCGAGGUCGAGAGCCUGCCCGCGAGCACUCGCUGGUCCGAGCAGCAGGUCCGCGCGGCCGUCGGCUCGCCCGCGAGCGUCGCGUCGUCGCGCGACGCCUCGCCGGAGCGGUCCCAGCCGCCGCCGCGGCCGGGCCGCGCCGCGGACGCGGCGCCGGCGCGCCGCGCGGACGCGGCGCCGCGCGACGGCGGCGGCGCCGCGGCCCCGAGCCGGACCUACCCCGUGGCGCCCGUCGAGGAGCCCAAGCUCCCGCCGCGCGUCGCGUCCCUGGCGCCGGCGAAGGACGAGAAGUACGUCGCCAGGGCGAAGAACCUCGGCGCGUACCGGCGCGACAAGCGGCGGUACACGGCCGCGCGCUACGACGACCUCGCGUCGACGCGGGACGCCCACUCGCCGGAGGUCGACGACGGCCUCCCCCACGACGUCUUCCUGCUGCGCGUCACGCGCAAGCUCGACGCGGCGCUCGUGCAGUACAUGACGCGCCAGGGCGUCCACUUCGUCGUCGGCGCGUCGUGGUCCAAGUUCUUCGAGAUGGCGGACACGGACAAGAGCGGCCGCGUGACCUUCGACGAGCUCGACCACAUGCUCGACCACAUCUUGAGGAUUCGGUCCCUGAGCCGCUACGAGCGCCGCGUCUUCUGGGCGCGCGUCGACGUCGACGACUCAGGCGAGGCGACGUACGCGGAGUUCGUGAGCUUGAUGUACAAGGUGCGGUUGGGCACGUGGCCCGACCUCGACGACGCGCGCUGCGAGGCCAUCAUCGGGGUCUUGGACGGCGCCGCGGAGAAGUGGCACCGCGCGUCCGGCAACUGGUACAAGAUCUUCCGCCAGUUCGACCGCGACGCGUCGGGCGAGAUGUCCUUCGAGGAGCUCUGCGCCGUCGUGCGGAACCGCUUCCCCGGCGUUUCGUUGGGCCCGGCGCAGCUCCCCGACGAGGACCUCCAGGGCCUCUGGAAGCGGCUGGACGUCGACCGGUCGUCGACGGUGUCCGUGCAGGAGUUCAUGAUCUUCAUGCGGCGCCACGGCGCGGCCUACUCCAUGCACAAGCUCACGGAGUACGCCAAAGCGAAGCGGGGGCUGUCGGAGCGCGCCGAGCCGCCGCCGGUCGUCGCCCUCGACGGCCCGGGGAUUUUACGGGUCUUCAACGCGCUCAACCGCGCGCUCGUGGCCCUGUUCCGGCGCCGCGGCGUCCACAGCAGCAUCCGGGGCAACUGGGCGCGCAUCUUCGCGGAGAUGGACGCCGACGAGAGCGGGCGCCUCCACUUCGACGAGUUCCUCGCGUCCGCGCGCGCGAUCGGCGUCGCCCGGGACGAGCUCGGCGACCGCGACCUCGCGGGGCUCUGGACGCACGUCGACGCCGACGGGAGCGGCGAGCUGACCAUCGACGAGUUCCAGCAGGCGGCCUACUGCCUCCAGGUCGAGCCCUGGCCCGACCUGUUGGCGGCGAACAACGCGGAGCGCCUCGCGCGGGUCAUCGAAAUCAUGAACGGCGCCGCGGACAAGUGGCACCGCGCGGCGGGCAACUGGUACAAGAUCUUCCGCAUGUUCGACGCCGACGACAGCGGCAAGAUGGGCUUCGAGGAGCUCGAGCACGUCCUGCGGGACGGCUUCCCGGGCCUCCACAUCCCCGCGGACGAGCUCCGGGACGACGACGUCAAGGGCCUCUGGAAGGCGCUCGACGCGGACCGGAGCCGCGAGGUCUGCGUCCAGGAGUUCAUGGUCUUCAUGCGGCGCCACGGGUCGGCCCACUCCAUGCACCGCCUCACGGACUACGCCAAGGCGAAGCGGGGAUUACUGGAAGUCGAGCGGCGGCCCGAGCCCGUGCUGUUGCCCGUCGAGCGGCUCCGCGCGAUCGCGCAGCGGCUCCACCGCGCUCUCGGCGGCUUCCUGCGGCGCCAGGGCGUCAAGCUGUCCAUCGCGGAGAUGUGGACGAAGCUCUUCGAGCUCAUGGACGCCGACGGCAGCGGCCGGCUCCGCUUCGCGGAGCUGCUCGAGGCGGUCCGGAAGCUCGGCCUCGGCGAGCAGCACCUCGCGGAGCGCGACGUGCUCGGCCUCUGGACCCACGCCGACGCCGACGCGUCGGGCGAGCUGAGCGCCGACGAGUUCCAGGACGCGGUCUACCGCCUCGAGGUCGAGGCGUGGCUCAAUCUGGACACCGUCGAGGGCGAGGCGCGGCUCCGGCAGCUCGUGUCCGUGCUCGACGCCGCCGCGGAGAAGUGGCACCGCGCCAGCGGCAACUGGUACAAGAUCUUCCGCAUGUUCGACGCCGACGACAGCGGCCACAUGCAGUUCGAGGAGCUCGAGCACGUGCUCCGCGACGGCUACCCGGGCCUCGGCCUCGGCGAGAAGCAGGUGUCGACGCCGCACCUCCAGGGCAUGUGGCGGAGCCUCGACGCGGACCGGAGCGGCCAGGUGUCCGUCCAGGAGUUCAUGGUCUUCAUGCGGCGCCACGGCGCGGAGCACUCGAUGCACCGGCUCACGGCGUACUCCAUGGAGAAGCGGGGCCUCACGCCCCAGGCAACGGCGCGCCCCAAGCACGUCGAGCUGCCCGUGGACCGGCUCCACGGCGUCUGCAAGCUCAUCGACAAGGCCCUCGUCGCCGACUUCCGCCGCCGCGGCGUCCACAGCUCCAUCGCGGGCAACGUGAAGCGGCUCUUCCGCGAGAUCGACGAGGACGGCAGCGACCGCGUCACCUUAGCGGAGCUCGAGGGGGCCGUGCGCAUCCGGCUCCGCCUCGGCGAGGGCCAGGUGACGAAGGAGGACCUGCUGGGCCUCUGGACGUUCGUCGACGCGGACAAGUCCGGCGCGCUGACGGCCGAGGAGUUCCAGCUCGCGCUCUACCACUUCGAGGUCGAGUCCUGGCCCGACUACCUCGCGCCGGAGCUCACGGCCGAGCUGCGGCGCAUCCUCGGCGUCAUGAACGCGGCCGCGGAGAAGUGGCACCAGGCGGGCGGCAACUGGUUCAAGAUCUUCAAGCGGCUCGACACGUCGGGCGACGGCCUCAUGGGCUUCGAGGAGAUCGAGCACAUCAUCCGCGCCAUCUUCCCGGGGCUGCACAUCACGAAGAAGGAGCUCAGCGAGGAGAACCUGCGGGGCCUGUGGAAGGCGCUCGACGCCGACCGGUCGGGCGCGAUCUCCGUGCAGGAGUUCAUGAUCUUCAUGCGGCGCCACGGCAUGCACCACGAGACCAUCCCCUACAUCGCGACGAAGCAGCAGAAGGACCGCCUCGCGUCGGAGAUGUCCCUGGACCGGCUCGACAUCAAGUUCGGCUUCGGCCUCGGCAAGCUGCGCGUGCUCGCGGACAAGUCCAAGGCGCUGCCGAAGCGGGGGCCGGACAUCAACGAGUGGGGGUUCUGCGGGCUGCUGCGCGACACGCUCGCCAUCGACGAGGCGGCGCUCUCCGACGACGACAUCCACACGAUCUGGCGCGCGAUCGACACGGACGCGGCGGGCGCCAUCGCCCACGACGUGUUCCUCCGCUGGGCCCUCGACCCCCCGCCCCUCCGCGAGCCCGAGCUCGACAACCUCGCAGCCCCAGAUGCUGCGGACGCCGCUGCUCCUGUCGCUGGACCGGAUGCAGCCGCGCGCCGCGACGAGUCCGGCGGCGACGCGGCCAGCGAGAGCGUCGAGCUCGUGGAGCGCGCGAAGAGCGCCGCGGUCCUCGGCCGCGACCUCGAGGCCGACGCUGCCGCGGCGCUCGUCGAGACGGCGACGGGCUACAUCCCGCCCUGGGCCUGGCGCUUCCGGCGCCUGGCGCUCGAGGCCCUCGGGGGCGACCCGGAGCACGUGCUGCACCGCAUGCUCCUCGACGUGCUCGCGAUCUUCGCCUCGUUCGUCGCCGCCGGCGUCGUCGUGUUCCACGCGACGGGCGCGGGCAGCGGCGACCGGCGCUGGCGACCGGGCUACUGCCUCUACCGCUUUGCGCGGCAUUCCAUCAACAUCGGCUUCGCCGUUGGCUCGGCGCCGCGGAUGGCCGCGACGCCCGCGGCCAAGGUGUUCACGAUCCUCUACUGCGUCUACGGCAACGCGAUCGUCGUCUCCGCGCUGCAACUGCUGCGGCGCGCCGCGGCGCUCCGCGAGCUCGGGCGCGCGGACCUCGCCGCGGACAGCCGCUACGGCAUGUUCCUGCUCCUGACGCCCUACUUCCUCGUUUCGCUCGCGCUCAGCAUGGUCGUCGCGAAGCUCUUCGCGGGCUACGGCGAGGCCGUCGACAUGAUCAUCUUCGCGGUGACGAACGCGACGUCCUGCGGCAUCUUCGUCGGCGAUAGGCGGCGUCAUCCGAGGAAGACGCACCUGCUAACGGAGCUCUCCUAUCUCUUAGGCAACGACGAGGAGGCGAACUACGUCGCGACGGCCUGCGCCAUGGUCGUGUCGAUCCCGACGUGCGCCGCGUGGACGGGCGAGGCGAGCCACCUGCUCGUCUCGAGCUACGAGGCCCUCGAGGACGGCGGCGCCGCCGCGGCCGAGGAGACGCGCUGGUCCCGGGGCCGCGCGCGCGCCUUCCGCGCGCUGGGCCUCGACGGCGCGGUGCAGCGCUGCGCCGCGGACCUCGGGCUCAUCUUCCUCGCGUGGGUGCUCGUCGGGAGCCUCUUCUACAAGUACGACACGCCGGCGGAUCCCUGGAACGACGGCUACGCCGUCUACUACAGCCCGAAGCCGCGCGUGAACAUCGGCCUGAACCUGGGCUCGGCGCCGCGGCACCCGACGAACGCGCCCGCGGACGGGGCGGGAAAGGGGCCCGCGAAGCUGUGCACCGUGGUCUACUCGCUUCUCGGGAACAUGCUCAUCAUCAACUCGCUCGGCCUGCUGGACCGCCUCGCGACCGUGCGGUCCAUCGAGCGGCAAAGCGGCGGCGCGGCGGGGUGGGUGCGCGGCCACAAGUACGGGCUCCUGGCCGCGCUGAGCGCGCUCUACGGCGCGACGCUCGUCUUCGCGGGUCUCGUGGCGCGCUACGCGGCGAGGUACGACAAGUUCCUCGAUUGUCUGCUCUUCGCGGUGACGAACUCCAUGACCUGCGGCCUCCUCUACGGACAACCGUCGUCGCGCGACUGGUGGUGGACGACGGCGUCCGUCGUCCUGUCCGUCCCGGCGGCGGCCGCGUGGUGCUCCGAGCUCGCGCACCUCGUGUUCCUCGAGUACGAGAACAACGAGGCCGCGCUCUACGCGAUCGCAACCAGCGGCGCCAGCACGGACACGAUCGUCAUCGCGGCCGCGGCCGUCGCGGCCGUCGUCGCGGUUGCCAUCGCCUGCGUCUGCAUCAUGCGCCGCCGGCCCAAGGCCGCCGCGGCUCGCGCGGACUUCAACGUCGAGGCGCCUCCGGAUCGCGACGAGGCUUUCGCGGGCGGCGCGUGGAACGUCGCGGGCGCGGCGCGGUAUUCCGCCUCGACGAAGACGCCCGCGCCCAGCGCGCGGGACCAGCAGCUGAUGCGCGAGUCGGAGGGCGUCGUCGCGCGGGGCAUGACCGCGGCCCGCGUCCUCCUCACGGCGGGGCGCGUGAUGCCGGUCAUCGGUCCGGUCUGCGAGGCGGCCCAGGACAUCCUCCGCUCCGUCGAGGAGCACUUGCGUAAGUCGGACGACGUCUUGAUGGCCGGGCGAAGGGUCGUCGACGUCCUCGGCGCGUUGCAGCAGAUGUCCGCGAACGCCGCGAAGCUCGAAUCCGGGAACGCGGACCUCGUGGAGUCGAAGAUGCGAAAGCUGAAAUGCCUCCUGUGCGACUUUAAGCUGGCCGUCGACGCCUUUGGACGGGAGGGCUGGCUCAAGCGCGCUUUCCUCCAGAGCGGGCGCGUCAACUCGCUGACGAAGCUCGACAAGGAGAUCACGACGUGCCUCGAGAGCCUCAAGCUCGAUUACAAGCUCGCGAUGGACGCCGAGAUUCUCGAGCGCACAUAUCAGAUGGAACAGUCGAUCGCGAUGCUCGUGGCGAAGCGCUGCUCCGAGACCCACGAGGACUCGGCCGCGGCCGCCGCGAUCCUCGCGCGGACUCCGUUCGCGAUCGCGGAGGUCGUGGAGAACGCGCACGUGCCCGACGACGAGCUCCUGAUCGAGAUGCGCGAGAUGAAUGACGAGGCCUGCGAGGCGCUGGGCACGUCGGACGGGCUCGCGAGCAUCCAGAACUCCUACUCGCUCGUCGACCGUCGCUUCGACGCGGACCUCGCGGAGGCCUGCGACCGCUGCGGCGGCAUCGGGUUGCUGCCCUGGAGCGUGCUCGGCGGCGGCCUGCUCAGCGGCAAGUACCGCGACGGCGGCGGCGCGUCGGCGACUUCGCGCUUCAUCAAAUACCCAAAGUACAUGGCGCGCUGGUGCCCGGACACGGCGAGCGCGGAGACGCUCGCCGCGUCCGAGGACUACUGCAGGCUCGCCGAGGAGGUCGGGACGACGCCGGCGGACCUGGCGAUCGCCUUCGUCCGCACGCGCCGCUUCCUCGACGCGGGCUCCGUCAUCGUCGGCGCCACGGACCUGGACCAGCUCGAGGCGAACCUCGCGCCCUUCGGCGAACCGGCGCGCCUCAACGACGAGGUCCUCGCCGCCAUCGACGCCAUCCACAUGCGGUCGAGGGACCCGAGCUGUCGCCUUUAA